ACACAGCUGAAGAGAGACGGCAAAAGUUUCAUUUUUGCCGUUUGCCAUUUGCCGUAACCGUCAUGCUUGAGCCCUCUAUUGACAGUUUAUUGACAGUUUCUAGCGUUUAGGAAUUACUUGAUAAUAUUUGGUUACCCAAAGUAUGUGUUCCUCUGUGCUGAAACGGUAAUAUUAUUCUUCCUGUAGUGCUGAAACCACACAAAACAGUGUUGUUAGGGCCAGGUAUAAAGGUGACGAGAGAUGAUCCACCCAUCAGAAUGAGCUAGGAAUCGGUUUACAGUGAACAUCGCGAGUUGAUAGCCUCUAGUUGAAAGAGGUUCUGGCUUUUUCUGGAACAACUCGUGUUCUGCGAUGGCCGAGCUAGAAGCUCCCGCCGAAUUAACUCGCCAUUCCAGGCAGCCGAGAAGACGGUCUUACGAGUGUCACACGACCCAUAAAAAGCGUCGCUUUGGAUGUGGUGCCAUCAGUAGUGGACGAGGCGCCUUGUCUUAUGCCAUCCUUGCUGCUUAUCAGAAAGCGUUUGAGAAACUGGGGCUGUUUAUUGCUCGAAAAUCAUUGGCUGUAUUUGUGGUAUCGCUUAUAGUUGUUACAGCAAGCUGCCUGGGAUUUAUUCGCCUGCAUGUGGGGCGUCCUGCCGUUGAACGUUUCACCGCAACUGACAGCCAAUCCAGGAAAGACUUGCAUCAUGCAGCACAAUUCUUUCCUCUUCUUGAAGCACGCCAAGAACAGAUCAUCAUUGUACCUAAACGUGGCCAGAAUAUUCUCAGGGAAGAUUGCUUGAAAGAAGCGCUUCUUGUCCACCAGACCAUAGUAAACAUCAGUGGUUAUAGUGAAAUAUGCUCCCGCCAAUUACUUCCAAACACCCAACAAAAACCAUCCAAACGUGGCUGUAUCAUCAGCAGUCCUCUCGAAUUAGCUGGUACUCAAUUUGAAGAUUUGAAAAACCUUUCCUCCAUUCUCGUUCGCGAGUUGACGAACUCGACACUCGUUUUAUCCACUGGACAAACCUUCAACUCCUCCUUCAGGCAAAUGCUGGGUAAUUUUCAAGUUCAACAUGACGCAGAUCCACCGACUGCUCGAGCGGACGCUCUUCGAGUUAGUUACUUCAUUAAAAAGACCAACACUGAAGAAACCCAAGCAGUUCUUAACUUUGAAACCUCUUUUGAAAGUCUCCUUUCGUCAUUGGGUCGUCGCCUAGAGUGUGCAGAACUCUCCUUCAAGACAGGCAAAACAGCAAAUGAUGCUUUAGAAGACGUCUUGAAGCCAAAGCUUUGGCCUCUUUAUUUUUCACCUUUGGCAAUGGCUGUUGUUGUCUUCAUUGUCUUGCACUUUUCCUCUGAUAAUCUCAGCAGCCUCACGACAGUCUUACUGAUGGUCUCAUCUAUACUGUUUCCCAUGACCUGUUCUGCGGGUAUCAUCUCAAUGACAAACACAUCCCUUUUCCCAACUACACUGUUUAUUCCCUUUUUGCUUUUGGGAAAAGCAACCUCAGACGUAGUACUCCUCCUGGUGGAAUGGGAACGGCAGAAGAAGGUGCCAUCACUUGAACAUCGUGUCAGUAGCUGUGUUGCGAAAGCAGGAUUCCUCGCUGUGUUGUCGGCCGUAUAUGGAACAAUUCUUUCUGGAAUUGCCAUCAAAUCUUCGUUUGACGUGAUUUCAGAAUUUUUCUUAGCGACACUCGUCACAUAUGCAGUUAAUUCGGCAGCAUCCUUUAUAGUAACAGUCAUACUGUUGAUGUAUUUUGAAAGAAGGCUGAAGAAACUGGACAAUCCUUGUCUACGAUCCUGUAGAAGAAAAUCAUCAACAACUGACUUUGGAAGCUUCGACCAAGGACUUGUGGAAUGCCGAAAAGUUAAACUGAAACGCGCUCUAAAAAGCCUUACAUGGAUAAUGACGUCACAUGUUGGAAAAAUUCUAGCAUUUCUUGUCCUCGUCGGCAUCAUCGUUUUAUGUGUGUUGUCUGCCUUGCAAACAGAUGAGAGAACGAGCACGACCGAGUCGCUUUACCAAAGUGAAAAGUUUAGGCAGUUUAGUGACGCACAACAAAACUUCUUUGGCAAAGAAACUGAUACAAGUGUCGUUUUCUCUGAGAAACUUGACUAUUCACAGGAGCACGUACAAAAUGGAAUAACAAACAUGUGUACAAAACUGGAAAAGGCUUCUUACAGCGAAGGAAAAUCGUUCUGCUGGAUAUUAGCCUUUCAACACUGGAAGCAAAACCAAAACAAGACCUGCUUGAACUCAGCUUUCUAUCAGUGUUUAGAGCGUUUUCUUAAUCAAUCCCACAACGGCCCGUUUCGACAAGACUUACACUUUAAAGAUACGAAUUCUCGACGUAUUAUUCUGGCAUCUCGAAUUCAUCUGAAGAUGGAACUACAGAACCAAUUUCGAGAAGACAGGGGAUCAUUAGAGAAACUGAGAAAAGACUUGCUCGAACAGUCUUCCCUGGAAGCUGUACCAGUCUCUGAUAAAUUUUUCGAUCUUGAUGACCUCUAUCUGUUGGAGCGAGAAGCAGUCUUCGCAGUCUUCGUAACUGCCACAGCAGUGGUGUUUAUAUUCUCUCUGUUCUCAAGCACAAGUUUCGGGAUGAGCAUCUUUCUAGCUAUGACAUUUGAUUUUCUCGUGUUAGAGGCAGCAGCUAUAAUGGAGGCGUGGAAAAUUCAUCUGAAUCAUAUUUCCUUUCUCUCCCUCUUUGUGGCGAUUAUCGUCUCCCUGAAUUUUAGUAUUCAGGUUGCCCAUUCAUUUGUAUUCUCGGCAAAGCAAAAAAUACGAGCUCGCAUGAGUGAGGCCCUAAUCUCUGUUGGAUGGUCUGUGAUAACUGCAGCGUCAAUAACUAUAUCUGGGUCAGUCUCAUUAGGGCUCAUUUAUCCAAGUCUAACAGGAAUUUUUCAUCAACUUGUCCCACUUGUGCUUGUUCUAGGAAUGACACACGCUCUCGUCAUUUUACCGCCGAUAAUCGUAUUGUUCCUCGAGGUCAAGCACAGUUUUGAUUCUCAAAAUGACGUAGAUGUAGGACCAACCUUCAAGGAACAACACGACGGGCUGUCGUUACAAGUACGAGAUGGGAACUUACAACAGCUUAAGUCCAAACGCCCUGGAAUUUCCAUCGUUGGCAUCAGCUGCAGAUUUCCUGGUGCUAGCAGCAAGGAUCAGUUUUGGUACUUCCUUGAACAUGGGAAGUGUGCAAAUGGUCCAUUCCCCAACAACAGAACUGAACAGCAUAAAACGUUCCAUGAGCUAUAUAAUCCUAGGCGCUUUGUAAGUGGACGCCUUUCUGCUGUGAAUGGAUCCUACUUGGAAGAAAUAACCCAUUUUGACAACCGGUUUUUCGGAAUUUCCAAUCAAGAAGCCCGUAGCAUGGAUCCCCAGCAGCGAAUUUUGUUGCAGGUGGUGUAUGAGGCCAUUGAAGAUGCUGGAAUGCGGCUUGAAGAUCUUCAGAAGUGUAGAACAGGGGUAUUUGUGGGCGUGAUGAAUCUGGAUUAUGUAGCACUUGUGACCGACAAGUCAAAUUACAGCAAUAUCGACCAGUUUUCCUCUACAGGAGGCUCAAUGGCUAUUCUCGCCAACAGAGUGUCCUUCUGUCUUAACCUAACAGGGCCAAGCCUGGCCGUUGAUACAGCAUGCUCGUCAUCCCUAACCGCGCUUAAACUAGCCUGUGAUAACCUGCAUAAUGAAGACUGCGAGAUAGCCAUCGUUUGCGCACCUAACAUUGUCCUUAAUCCAGCUAUGCAGAUGGUAUCCAGCUUAGCCGGGCUCCUGGCGCCAGAUGGACGGUGUAAAAGUUUUAAUGCAUCUGGUGAUGGCUAUGGACGCGGAGAAGGUUUUGCAGCGGUAAUUUUAAAGCUAUCAAAUGCAGCUUUGAGUGACAAAGAUGACCAAUAUUGCGAGAUAAUUGCCUGUGGGAUGAACAACGAUGGACAAAAUGCCGUACCAGUCACGGCACCGAGUGCAAAGAUGCAAGCUGAACUAUCCAGAAGGGUUCUAGAACAGUCGGGAGUGAAUCCGGAAGACGUGGAUUAUUUCGAAGCGCAUGGCACUGGUACGGCAAUUGGAGAUGUGGUAGAGGCUAAUUCGAUAGCUGAGACCUACACCAGAGGACGUGGAAAGCCCGCACGAAAGCUAAGAGUCGGUUCCGUCAAGUCGAACCUUAAUCACACGGAAUCAACCUCAGGUCUUGCUGGGCUUAUCAAAGUCGCUCUGAUGAUCAAAAAGAAGAAAUAUGUACCAACCGUUAACGUACACGUGCUUAAUCCUAAACUAAAGCUGGAAGAAAAAGAGCUUGUUGUACAACAAACCAAUGAGCCCUGGCUAGAAACAAAAGGAAAACCACGAAUAGCAGCUGUAAACUCCUUUGGUUUUGGUGGUUCAAAUGUACACCUGCUGCUUCGUGAAGUUACACCCAAACAAGGUUUAGAGGAAGAAAUCACUGAACGUCCAAACAAUAUUCUCGCCCUGUCAGCGCGUUCAAAAGAAGCUCUACAGAAGAUGGCAGGACUCUACUCCGAAUGGAUUAGAAUUAACAUCGAAGCUAUGGAUAAGCCUUUUGUGGAAAACUUAUGCUACUCUUUAAACGAACGCCGCAGCCAACUUCCACACCGGUUAGCACUUGCCUUUGGAUCCACUGCGGAAGCAUCCAAGUCUCUUGCAGACUACUCUGAUGACUCCAUGGGAUGGGAUAAGUUAGUUUCAUACGCAGAAGUGACCUCCAAUGGUGGAAAACUCGUCUUCAUGUUUGGUGGUCAGGGAUCUCAGUGGUAUGCUAUGGGAAGACAGUUAAUUGAGUGUGAAGCUGUUUUUAGGGAAGCUGUUUUGACGGUGACCAACCUACUUAAAGAUCUGGGUGUGGCAUGGUCGCUCAUGGACGAGUUAAUGGCACCAGAAGACGUUUCAAGGAUUUCGGAGAAUUUCUUCGCUCAGCCGGCCACUUUUGCUAUCCAAUACGCGACUGCACAGUUGCUGAUGUCCUGGAAAAUCCAUCCUUCCGCGGUCAUCGGUCACAGUCUCGGAGAGUUUGCAGCUGCCUGUGUUGCUGAGAUCGUAACGGUUAGGGAAGCCGUUCAACUGGUGCUGGCUCGCGCCACUCUUCAAGAGAAAUGCCCCAAUAAUGGCGGUAUGGCCGCUCUGGGUUUGUCUGAAGAAAGCGCCAAGACAUUACUGCUAAAACUUAAGCUAAGUGCCACGCUUGACAUCGCCGCAGUUAAUGACGCGAAGAGCGUGACAGUGUCUGGAGAAGCCCAAUCAAUCGAGGCACUGGGUCAACAUCUAGCAAUUCACGCAAAAGAUACUUUCUGGCGAGUUUUAGGAACAAAACGCGCAUUUCACAGCACACACAUGGAACCCAUUAAGAAGCCUUUUCAAGCAGCUAUGAAGCGCAUCAACGUUAACCCUCAACUGGCGAAAAUACCUAUGUAUUCUACAGUCGAGGGUGAGGUUAUCUCGGGUCAGCGGUUUGACGGCGUCUACUGGUGGCGAAAUAUUCGUUGUCCAGUCCAAUUUAAUCCAGCUGUAAAGCGUCUGCUGAAAGAUGGUUACAAGCAGAUUAUUGAGAUAAGUACGCAGCCUAUUUUAGCUCACUACGUCAAACAGAUUGCUCUUCAAAACAAUCUUAAAAAUCAAGAAAUGCCAGUUGUCGUGGCAACUCUCCCGCGCAAAAGGGUACCUGUGCAAGACCAGCACAAGAGUUUUCUUCAAAAUACAGUAUGUAAACUGUAUACAAUGGGAUUUCCCAUAGACUGGGCUUGCGUACAACCAAAUCCAUCGGCUAAGUUUGUCCGUUCACUCAACUAUCCAUGGAUAGAGAAGAGCUUCUGGUAUAGGGAACAUCCACCCGAAACCAUAAUCUCACCUAUUGGAGCUGAGAAAACCAUCAAGCAAACACAUCCCUUUCUAGGACAAGUGAAGAUGACUGACCUGAAUUCAGGCCUGCAUUGCUGGGAGACCGAGAUUGACCUACACCGCUUUCCAACUCUGAAGGAUCACGCCCUUAUUCAAGGAGGUACUGUGAUGCCCGGAUCUGCUUACCUAGAAAUGGCCUUUGCAAUGGUCAUGGACAAGUUCGUAGACGUCGCUGGCUUAGAACUAAGUGAUGUGAAGCUUUCAAGUCUUCUCACACUGCCAGAAACACAGGUUCGUUCCCUACGACUACGUCUCCUGAAGAGCAACAGAAUUGACGAAGCUCAGUUCUACAUAACAAGCGUUCAGGGCGACCGCUCCGAAAUUAACCUGAGUAGCGGUAAAAUCUCCGUGGAUCUAUUACACAAGCAAAAGCACUUUGAGGAAGAAGCUUCCAAUGAGGUUGGACCAGCCGUAAAGGAACUCAUCACAAAUAUGACGACUAUGCCGAUGGAACAGUUUAAAGAAAUAACGGAGAGGUAUGGCUUCAACUAUGGGCCUAAUUUCUGGAUCAUCAAACAAAUAUGGUGGGGUGAUAACGAGGGACUUUGCUUAGUUGAUAUCAGUGGAUCGCCCGUCAUUCAAAAAGAAGCUGGUGAUUAUGUGAUCCAUCCUUCCAUUUUAGACACAUGUCUUCAAUCCUGCUUUGUUCCACUUGGGAACUUAGAAACUGAAGACACCUCCGUUGUGCCAGUGGGUUUCAAGAGAAUUUCUCUGUGCAACAUGCCCUGUACCAAACAGCUGUACUGUCACGUCACUGCGGAUGCGACUGAGUUUGGAAAAUUUGAUGUUUCCCUCAUGAGUCCGUCCGGAAACGUUUUACUUACCAUGAGUGAGUUUCGCAUCGCAGAGUUGACUAGCACACCAAGGCGAUUUCUCCUUGAUGGCCUUGCCUAUGAAAUUCAGUGGAUGGAGGAUGAGUUACACAAGCAAAGCAAAACCUCACCAAACGUGACUUGCCUAGUGCUUAGAGAAUCCACCGAUUUCUCUGAUUUGUUAGUCACAAGACUUCAGGAAGCUAAAGUCAAUGUCAUCACAGUUGAGCCGCCAAAUGCCGGAUGCUUCAACUCCCAAGCAGAAGAGACAAUCAGCGCAGCUUUUUCCAAUGUACCACCCAGUCACUCAUCCAACCUAAAGGUCAUCAACAUGUGGCCGGUGGAAACGACUCUUCUACCAAAUAGCUUCCAUGUGAUUGAUCAAGCCCAAAACCUCGCCUUAAGCAGCUCUGUCUUCUUGCUUAAGCUGGUGAUUGAGAAGGAGUGGUUCGAUACUCGACUGUUCCUCAUCACCGAACGUACACAGCUGUUAGACGCCUGUGACAAGUCUUCUACGACUGAUACAAUCCCAUGGGCUUCUACAGUCUGGGGUCUUCGACGAACGGCAAACCUCGAAGAAUUCAAUUUCAGGGUAACAGCUGUUGACCUGAACAACAAAAGUGAUAUACGUGAAGCGGGUUCCUUGAUUGAUGAGAUUCUGGGUGACAGCAUUGAAGAAGAAGUGGCCUUUCGAGAUGGCAAACGUUUCAUAAGUCGUGUGGUGAGAACAGCUAUUUCCCCUGAGCAACCAAAAGCAAUUAGAUGUGAACUGAAGAAGAAGAAGAGGUCCAUGUACUUAUCAUCUAUUCCAUCAUCAAGAACACUAUGCCUGCGCGUAAACAGUCAUUCAAAGACAUCCGCUUCUGAGCUCAAGAUAGACCUGCUAUAUUGCUGGACACCCUCUGAAUCACUGAUAGAUAUAUCCAGACCAAGAGGAUGUGUCUUCGUCGUUGGAAAGGUGACUGGUCUACCAGAAAACAGCGAGAACACUCAGAUACAGAUUGGAGAUGAGGUGUGUGGUGUCAUCGCUUCUGGACGGGUUUCUCCCUCCCUUUCCAUCCAAACAAACAACGUGUUUGUAAAACCAACCAGCGUGACAGAGGAACAAGCAGCUUACAUCCCCGCGUGCCUAGCUAUAGCUUUUCAUGCUCUUCAAAGAGUUGACUCAGGAAAACACGAAAGCCUGAAAUUACUGAUACAUGCAGCCAACCGUGGCCCUGGACCAGCAGCAGUUGUCCUUGCAAGAACACUAGGACACAGAGUGUUUUGCACCAUCUCCGACACUUGCCACACGUCCACGAAAGCUCUUCUUCUUGAGCUGGGUGCGGAAAGAGUUGUGCGUCAGAGUUCCUAUGGUCUGAAGGAUAAUUCUCUACACAGUUUUGAUGGCGUCGUAUUUUUUUACUCACCAUCUCCGAAUGUCCUCCAAAAAAGUAAUCGGAGUCUCAAACGAGGAGGACGUGUUGUCAUCUUGAGUUCCGAGUUUGAAGGUGACGUAGUUAUUCCUGCGAAUGCAAAUGUGAGAUAUGAGAAAGAGGACAUAUCAGACAUUCUCCGAUCACCUCUGGCUUUUGAGAAGCUCAGUUUAGAAAGUCUGGCAUUGUUGGAAGGCAAAGAAGUCCUGGAAAAGCUUCUAGGAAUGCAGCUGGUGUCUGCAGACUUGGCAACGUCAAUACAGGCUGCCAACGAGUCCAUUGACAAACUUACACCUCCAAACAACCAAACGAAGGCAACCUCAAGCAUUUCGUAUCUAAUUCACUCGUUUCCACCACCUGAAAAAGAGAUUAACCUUGACAAGAUUCCUGUCUUUCCAUGUGGCUUAGAUGAAUGUGGCUUGAAAAAGGACAGAACAUACUUGGUGGCAGGAGGGCUUCGAGGAUUUGGAUUUGAAGUGGCCCGCUGGAUGGCAGAGAAUGGUGCAACGUCAAUAGGGCUUAUCAGUCGAUCAAAGCCCUCAGAUGACAAAAGUCGAGAAAUACUAGAGAUAGAAGAAAGGACAGGCGCAAAGAUCUAUACGUUCCAGACUGACAUCUCCAGCGACGAACAAAUGUCCCCCUUUAAAGAGCAGCUUCAACCCCUUCCAAGUGUUGCUGGUGUCGUACACUCUGCCAUGGUCUUAAGAGAUGAGUUUGUCAAAGAGUGGACAUUUGAGAGCUUCACAGAUGUCAUGGGUCCUAAAAUAAAAGGUUCCUUCUUGCUGCACCAAAUGAGCUUGGAAAUGGAUCUUGAUUUCUUCGUCAUGUUUUCGUCCAUGGCUUCAAUACUUGGUAACAUGGGACAAUCGUCAUACUCAGGCUGCAACGCUUUUCAAGAUUCUCUUGCCCAGUACCGACGAGACGUGCUCGGUCUUCCUGGACUUUCGAUUAACUGGGGACCAAUCAGUGGAGCUGGCGUAAUGGAAAGGGAAAGUGCUGUAGCUAAACUGCUGACCAUAGCAGGACUGGGCUUUAUUGAUGCCAGAGAAGGAGUCCAACACAUGAUCAAAGUGUUAACUGAAGAACCGAGCCGCUUCCAAAUCGGUGUUAGACGCGUUCAGGGCGACCGGUCCGAAAUUAACCUGAGUAGCGGUAAAAUCUCCGUGGAUCUAUUACACAAGCAAAAGCACUUUGAGGAAGAAGCUUCCAAUGAGGUUGGACCAGCCGUAAAGGAACUCAUCACAAAUAUGACGACUAUGCCGAUGGAACAGUUUAAAGAAAUAACGGAGAGGUAUGGCUUCAACUAUGGGCCUAAUUUCUGGAUCAUCAAACAAAUAUGGUGGGGUGAUAACGAGGGACUUUGCUUAGUUGAUAUCAGUGGAUCGCCCGUCAUUCAAAAAGAAGCUGGUGAUUAUGUGAUCCAUCCUUCCAUUUUAGACACAUGUCUUCAAUCCUGCUUUGUUCCACUUGGGAACUUAGAAACUGAAGACACCUCCGUUGUGCCAGUGGGUUUCAAGAGAAUUUCUCUGUGCAACAUGCCCUGUACCAAACAGCUGUACUGUCACGUCACUGCGGAUGCGACUGAGUUUGGAAAAUUUGAUGUUUCCCUCAUGAGUCCGUCCGGAAACGUUUUACUUACCAUGAGUGAGUUUCGCAUCGCAGAGUUGACUAGCACACCAAGGCGAUUUCUCCUUGAUGGCCUUGCCUAUGAAAUUCAGUGGAUGGAGGAUGAGUUACACAAGCAAAGCAAAACCUCACCAAACGUGACUUGCCUAGUGCUUAGAGAAUCCACCGAUUUCUCUGAUUUGUUAGUCACAAGACUUCAGGAAGCUAAAGUCAAUGUCAUCACAGUUGAGCCGCCAAAUGCCGGAUGCUUCAACUCCCAAGCAGAAGAGACAAUCAGCGCAGCUUUUUCCAAUGUACCACCCAGUCACUCAUCCAACCUAAAGGUCAUCAACAUGUGGCCGGUGGAAACGACUCUUCUACCAAAUAGCUUCCAUGUGAUUGAUCAAGCCCAAAACCUCGCCUUAAGCAGCUCUGUCUUCUUGCUUAAGCUGGUGAUUGAGAAGGAGUGGUUCGAUACUCGACUGUUCCUCAUCACCGAACGUACACAGCUGUUAGACGCCUGUGACAAGUCUUCUACGACUGAUACAAUCCCAUGGGCUUCUACAGUCUGGGGUCUUCGACGAACGGCAAACCUCGAAGAAUUCAAUUUCAGGGUAACAGCUGUUGACCUGAACAACAAAAGUGAUAUACGUGAAGCGGGUUCCUUGAUUGAUGAGAUUCUGGGUGACAGCAUUGAAGAAGAAGUGGCCUUUCGAGAUGGCAAACGUUUCAUAAGUCGUGUGGUGAGAACAGCUAUUUCCCCUGAGCAACCAAAAGCAAUUAGAUGUGAACUGAAGAAGAAGAAGAGGUCCAUGUACUUAUCAUCUAUUCCAUCAUCAAGAACACUAUGCCUGCGCGUAAACAGUCAUUCAAAGACAUCCGCUUCUGAGCUCAAGAUAGACCUGCUAUAUUGCUGGACACCCUCUGAAUCACUGAUAGAUAUAUCCAGACCAAGAGGAUGUGUCUUCGUCGUUGGAAAGGUGACUGGUCUACCAGAAAACAGCGAGAACACUCAGAUACAGAUUGGAGAUGAGGUGUGUGGUGUCAUCGCUUCUGGACGGGUUUCUCCCUCCCUUUCCAUCCAAACAAACAACGUGUUUGUAAAACCAACCAGCGUGACAGAGGAACAAGCAGCUUACAUCCCCGCGUGCCUAGCUAUAGCUUUUCAUGCUCUUCAAAGAGUUGACUCAGGAAAACACGAAAGCCUGAAAUUACUGAUACAUGCAGCCAACCGUGGCCCUGGACCAGCAGCAGUUGUCCUUGCAAGAACACUAGGACACAGAGUGUUUUGCACCAUCUCCGACACUUGCCACACGUCCACGAAAGCUCUUCUUCUUGAGCUGGGUGCGGAAAGAGUUGUGCGUCAGAGUUCCUAUGGUCUGAAGGAUAAUUCUCUACACAGUUUUGAUGGCGUCGUAUUUUUUUACUCACCAUCUCCGAAUGUCCUCCAAAAAAGUAAUCGGAGUCUCAAACGAGGAGGACGUGUUGUCAUCUUGAGUUCCGAGUUUGAAGGUGACGUAGUUAUUCCUGCGAAUGCAAAUGUGAGAUAUGAGAAAGAGGACAUAUCAGACAUUCUCCGAUCACCUCUGGCUUUUGAGAAGCUCAGUUUAGAAAGUCUGGCAUUGUUGGAAGGCAAAGAAGUCCUGGAAAAGCUUCUAGGAAUGCAGCUGGUGUCUGCAGACUUGGCAACGUCAAUACAGGCUGCCAACGAGUCCAUUGACAAACUUACACCUCCAAACAACCAAACGAAGGCAACCUCAAGCAUUUCGUAUCUAAUUCACUCGUUUCCACCACCUGAAAAAGAGAUUAACCUUGACAAGAUUCCUGUCUUUCCAUGUGGCUUAGAUGAAUGUGGCUUGAAAAAGGACAGAACAUACUUGGUGGCAGGAGGGCUUCGAGGAUUUGGAUUUGAAGUGGCCCGCUGGAUGGCAGAGAAUGGUGCAACGUCAAUAGGGCUUAUCAGUCGAUCAAAGCCCUCAGAUGACAAAAGUCGAGAAAUACUAGAGAUAGAAGAAAGGACAGGCGCAAAGAUCUAUACGUUCCAGACUGACAUCUCCAGCGACGAACAAAUGUCCCCCUUUAAAGAGCAGCUUCAACCCCUUCCAAGUGUUGCUGGUGUCGUACACUCUGCCAUGGUCUUAAGAGAUGAGUUUGUCAAAGAGUGGACAUUUGAGAGCUUCACAGAUGUCAUGGGUCCUAAAAUAAAAGGUUCCUUCUUGCUGCACCAAAUGAGCUUGGAAAUGGAUCUUGAUUUCUUCGUCAUGUUUUCGUCCAUGGCUUCAAUACUUGGUAACAUGGGACAAUCGUCAUACUCAGGCUGCAACGCUUUUCAAGAUUCUCUUGCCCAGUACCGACGAGACGUGCUCGGUCUUCCUGGACUUUCGAUUAACUGGGGACCAAUCAGUGGAGCUGGCGUAAUGGAAAGGGAAAGUGCUGUAGCUAAACUGCUGACCAUAGCAGGACUGGGCUUUAUUGAUGCCAGAGAAGGAGUCCAACACAUGAUCAAAGUGUUAACUGAAGAACCGAGCCGCUUCCAAAUCGGUUCCGAAAUUAACCUGAGUAGCGGUAAAAUCUCCGUGGAUCUAUUACACAAGCAAAAGCACUUUGAGGAAGAAGCUUCCAAUGAGGUUGGACCAGCCGUAAAGGAACUCAUCACAAAUAUGACGACUAUGCCGAUGGAACAGUUUAAAGAAAUAACGGAGAGGUAUGGCUUCAACUAUGGGCCUAAUUUCUGGAUCAUCAAACAAAUAUGGUGGGGUGAUAACGAGGGACUUUGCUUAGUUGAUAUCAGUGGAUCGCCCGUCAUUCAAAAAGAAGCUGGUGAUUAUGUGAUCCAUCCUUCCAUUUUAGACACAUGUCUUCAAUCCUGCUUUGUUCCACUUGGGAACUUAGAAACUGAAGACACCUCCGUUGUGCCAGUGGGUUUCAAGAGAAUUUCUCUGUGCAACAUGCCCUGUACCAAACAGCUGUACUGUCACGUCACUGCGGAUGCGACUGAGUUUGGAAAAUUUGAUGUUUCCCUCAUGAGUCCGUCCGGAAACGUUUUACUUACCAUGAGUGAGUUUCGCAUCGCAGAGUUGACUAGCACACCAAGGCGAUUUCUCCUUGAUGGCCUUGCCUAUGAAAUUCAGUGGAUGGAGGAUGAGUUACACAAGCAAAGCAAAACCUCACCAAACGUGACUUGCCUAGUGCUUAGAGAAUCCACCGAUUUCUCUGAUUUGUUAGUCACAAGACUUCAGGAAGCUAAAGUCAAUGUCAUCACAGUUGAGCCGCCAAAUGCCGGAUGCUUCAACUCCCAAGCAGAAGAGACAAUCAGCGCAGCUUUUUCCAAUGUACCACCCAGUCACUCAUCCAACCUAAAGGUCAUCAACAUGUGGCCGGUGGAAACGACUCUUCUACCAAAUAGCUUCCAUGUGAUUGAUCAAGCCCAAAACCUCGCCUUAAGCAGCUCUGUCUUCUUGCUUAAGCUGGUGAUUGAGAAGGAGUGGUUCGAUACUCGACUGUUCCUCAUCACCGAACGUACACAGCUGUUAGACGCCUGUGACAAGUCUUCUACGACUGAUACAAUCCCAUGGGCUUCUACAGUCUGGGGUCUUCGACGAACGGCAAACCUCGAAGAAUUCAAUUUCAGGGUAACAGCUGUUGACCUGAACAACAAAAGUGAUAUACGUGAAGCGGGUUCCUUGAUUGAUGAGAUUCUGGGUGACAGCAUUGAAGAAGAAGUGGCCUUUCGAGAUGGCAAACGUUUCAUAAGUCGUGUGGUGAGAACAGCUAUUUCCCCUGAGCAACCAAAAGCAAUUAGAUGUGAACUGAAGAAGAAGAAGAGGUCCAUGUACUUAUCAUCUAUUCCAUCAUCAAGAACACUAUGCCUGCGCGUAAACAGUCAUUCAAAGACAUCCGCUUCUGAGCUCAAGAUAGACCUGCUAUAUUGCUGGACACCCUCUGAAUCACUGAUAGAUAUAUCCAGACCAAGAGGAUGUGUCUUCGUCGUUGGAAAGGUGACUGGUCUACCAGAAAACAGCGAGAACACUCAGAUACAGAUUGGAGAUGAGGUGUGUGGUGUCAUCGCUUCUGGACGGGUUUCUCCCUCCCUUUCCAUCCAAACAAACAACGUGUUUGUAAAACCAACCAGCGUGACAGAGGAACAAGCAGCUUACAUCCCCGCGUGCCUAGCUAUAGCUUUUCAUGCUCUUCAAAGAGUUGACUCAGGAAAACACGAAAGCCUGAAAUUACUGAUACAUGCAGCCAACCGUGGCCCUGGACCAGCAGCAGUUGUCCUUGCAAGAACACUAGGACACAGAGUGUUUUGCACCAUCUCCGACACUUGCCACACGUCCACGAAAGCUCUUCUUCUUGAGCUGGGUGCGGAAAGAGUUGUGCGUCAGAGUUCCUAUGGUCUGAAGGAUAAUUCUCUACACAGUUUUGAUGGCGUCGUAUUUUUUUACUCACCAUCUCCGAAUGUCCUCCAAAAAAGUAAUCGGAGUCUCAAACGAGGAGGACGUGUUGUCAUCUUGAGUUCCGAGUUUGAAGGUGACGUAGUUAUUCCUGCGAAUGCAAAUGUGAGAUAUGAGAAAGAGGACAUAUCAGACAUUCUCCGAUCACCUCUGGCUUUUGAGAAGCUCAGUUUAGAAAGUCUGGCAUUGUUGGAAGGCAAAGAAGUCCUGGAAAAGCUUCUAGGAAUGCAGCUGGUGUCUGCAGACUUGGCAACGUCAAUACAGGCUGCCAACGAGUCCAUUGACAAACUUACACCUCCAAACAACCAAACGAAGGCAACCUCAAGCAUUUCGUAUCUAAUUCACUCGUUUCCACCACCUGAAAAAGAGAUUAACCUUGACAAGAUUCCUGUCUUUCCAUGUGGCUUAGAUGAAUGUGGCUUGAAAAAGGACAGAACAUACUUGGUGGCAGGAGGGCUUCGAGGAUUUGGAUUUGAAGUGGCCCGCUGGAUGGCAGAGAAUGGUGCAACGUCAAUAGGGCUUAUCAGUCGAUCAAAGCCCUCAGAUGACAAAAGUCGAGAAAUACUAGAGAUAGAAGAAAGGACAGGCGCAAAGAUCUAUACGUUCCAGACUGACAUCUCCAGCGACGAACAAAUGUCCCCCUUUAAAGAGCAGCUUCAACCCCUUCCAAGUGUUGCUGGUGUCGUACACUCUGCCAUGGUCUUAAGAGAUGAGUUUGUCAAAGAGUGGACAUUUGAGAGCUUCACAGAUGUCAUGGGUCCUAAAAUAAAAGGUUCCUUCUUGCUGCACCAAAUGAGCUUGGAAAUGGAUCUUGAUUUCUUCGUCAUGUUUUCGUCCAUGGCUUCAAUACUUGGUAACAUGGGACAAUCGUCAUACUCAGGCUGCAACGCUUUUCAAGAUUCUCUUGCCCAGUACCGACGAGACGUGCUCGGUCUUCCUGGACUUUCGAUUAACUGGGGACCAAUCAGUGGAGCUGGCGUAAUGGAAAGGGAAAGUGCUGUAGCUAAACUGCUGACCAUAGCAGGACUGGGCUUUAUUGAUGCCAGAGAAGGAGUCCAACACAUGAUCAAAGUGUUAACUGAAGAACCGAGCCGCUUCCAAAUCGGUCUUUGUGGUGUGGAUUGGCCUCGAUUCAUAAAAAGUAACACCGGGCUGAGGAAGACGUCUCGACUCUCGAUAAUCACUGCUGAAAUUAGCACUUCUGAGACCCAGACUUCCUCAGAGUCUCUGGUGCAAAGAAUUAUGAUGGAGAAGAACCCAGAAAGGAAAAGCGAGCUUGUCAAGGAGUACAUUACUUUGUGCGUGAGAGAAUGGACAGGAAUGUCCUCGCGCUCUGAGACUGAUCUCAACAAGAGCUUGUACAGCUACGGUAUCGACUCAACCGCGGCUCUGACCAUUAAAAUGCAACUUGAAGCCAAUUUGCAGGUUUCCUUUGAGACUUUCUACUUCAUGCAGCCUGAUACCACUCCACUAAAACUAGGAAGAGAUAUCACAGCUAAACUUAUCGGACAAGCAUCGAGUAAUCAAACUCAGAGUACCGAGAAUCAAAACGAUGGACCUGCUCAGGCACAAUCAAUGGCGGACACAUCUUCGUCACCCAGUACGUCAGACAGUCAAGUACAAGUUGUACCGCUGCACACUCCUGCUGGCGCAGCUAUCAAGUUCUUCUGUGUACAUCCAUCACACCGCUAUGCGUUGAAUUUGGUGCCAAUUUCUACGGGAUUUCAAGGCCAGGAAUUGGUAUCUUUCUAUGCACUGGGCUUUACUGACCCAACAGUAGUGAGUGAGGACUGGGGUGGAGUACGUGAACUUGCCUCACAUUACGUUCAACUGAUCACCGAGGAGCAACGCCAUGGACCGUACUUUCUUGGCGGAUAUUCCUACGGAGGGCUUCUUGCGUACGAAAUGGCGUCUUUGUUGACAGAGCAGAACCAGAGGGUAGAAUUUGUAGCCAUGAUUGACACAUUUCCGUGGUAUUCCCGUUCACAGACUGUCAGCACUAGGCUGGCUUCCAUGCAGGAGAAUAGUAAUUCGCCACGUCGACAUAUUCAGCUUCAGUUUGAAAACUUUCUGACAAAGCUUGCAGUAGAUUCCUUGAAGAUGGAUGUAGACGAAUAUAAACAGUUGAAAGAGGCACACACUCAAGACUGGAUCAUAGAGGAACUACAGAAGAGGAGCUUGGAGAAAGGCAUCGCCACGUACAAUUUGAGGGCCCUCAGAGAGGCUCUUCUGAGGAACCAAAGUAUUGCCAAUAGGACACAUCAAGAAUGGCAGCCCCCUCAGGUUCGUUAUCGCGGUCCCCUCACCUUUCUCAAAAGCCAAAACGCCCGCUUCUCGCCCACGCUUCGCUCAUCGGACAGUGUCGAGGAAGUAUGGGGCCAGUUGGUCGAUGGAGGUACAACGGUGCUCGUUUGUCCUGGUGACCAUUACUCAUUGAGUGAGUUACCCAAUGCUCACGUAACAGGUAGUAUCCUAGCGACAGCCCUUGCAUUCAACUACCGCUUGUUGUUCCCGGAAUUCCCCAGACCCUCAAGAACAUUCCGUCAAAGACGAGCCGUGGAAAAACUUUGCAGCGGAGUAAAAGUAUUUCUCCACUCAAAGAAAGGAAACAAAUGGCCACACUUUGGCGAAAUAUUUUUCACCGAGGAUGCUCACAAACUUGAGUUGAGGUCAAGAAUCGAGGAAGGAGGAACGGACGAGAACGAGAAAACCAAAAAAAUAAUUGACCUGAAAGGCCUCCGCAUGGUGCAGCCAGGGCGACUCGUCUCCAGUGCCCAGAAGUAUGCCUGGCGCAAGCGAAGAAUCGGAGCUCAUCAAAGUGGGAACCUGGGACAAGUUGCGUCCGUCAUAACAGGUCGACGAGUUUACAACUUGGAAUUCACUGAUUAUUCCGAUCUAAAAGCGUUCUUUAACAUGAUAGAAGCUGUAUUUGGAGUGACAUUGUUGACUAGUUAGAACUGUAGCGGCAUACACACUCAUGACACAAAAACUUUAGUUUUAAAAGGCUACGUCAUUUGCAACUUGAAGGUCCUCUUUGUUUAAACAAAAAUUGAGCCAUUUUUCCAAAUUUCUCUUCUAACUUUCACCAUUGGCUCACCUAAGAGCUAUCUAGUGAGUUUUUACACGAUUGUGAUAAAUUUGUUGACGGCAAUCUUGAUUAGUCACAACUUUGGUGGUCCUUGUUGUUCAAUCAGGAACAGCAGAAAUGGAGCCAUUUUAGCCAUUGCUUCUGAAACAUUUAACCUUUUGCUGCAACAGUUUAGCUAGUAACCUUUUACCCAAGUAUAUUAUAAAUUUAUUUGCAGCAAACGUUCGUGAUUUGUAGGUUCUCCUUGUCAGAUUAAAAAGUAUACUAUUUCACUAUUUCUCUGACAUUUGAUCAUUUAGUGCAAGAAGUUGUCUAGUAUUUAGGUCGUUGUUUUUAUCAUUUUUAUUUAGAAAUAAUUUGUUGCUAUUAAGACGCCCUCUAAAAUUAUUGAUCAGAAUUGAUUGUUUCACUUCAAUUCUAUAAGUUUUUAACUGAUGUUUCGCUAGAUAAGUCUCUUAGACAACUCUCUUUGUUGCGUAACGUUUAUCCUUUUCAGUUGUAGAAUUUAUCAUGAUUUUCCAAUGAGCUUCAUUUUUUAGGCGUUUUGAAGCUCUCUAAGGAAAGCUAUGAAAUAGUGUAAACGUUCGCAAGCAGUGGUGGAUCUAGGGGAAGCCCCCCCCCCCCCA